AUGAUAAUGAGUGUUCCUACAGAACAUUUUGAGAAGAUCCCUGUGUAUACUCUCAGUCCUGUUCCUUUAAGUCCAGAAGUGCUAGAAGCUCUCAAAGUCUAUGAAAGCACUGGUUCCGUUCCACAUAGCCCUGUCACCAACAGAAAGCUUGCUGAGACAGACAGCAAUAAUAAAACAGCUGAGGAACCAGACACUCCAGUAUCAGAGGAGAAUAAAACAGCCACUAGGAGAAAGUCUCUACAGAGGUCACAUACCAUUGGUGUUGGUGUAGGGUCAAGGCCACCUCCUAACAAGGCAUUGUUGAAAGGACCUCAGAUGAGCAUAUGUUGUGAUUGUAAAACUAUGAUAAUGGAAAUAAUUCGAGCCAGUAGAUCUUCAGUGUCUCUCAUUACGGGCAAACCUGAGGCCCAGGAAGGGGAUAAAAAUAAAGACUCAGUGACCCCUAGGAGCCAGGUGUCUGCAAGAUCUUCAGUUGUAUUAAGACCAAGACAUUUAAAUCUUGAAGAACGACCAAGGCCUAGGUCUAUGCUAGAUAACUUCAAGUCAUUUAAUUUUUCAAAAACAAGUACUGAUGCAUAAUAUACACAAUAUUUUAUCACAGAGGGGGAAUGGUCCUAUGAUGUUUUUAUUUCCAGAUUUCAUUUAUAUUCAUGCAAAAAAAACCCACUAGCUACAUAUUAGGAGAAUUUGAUGACAUGACUCUCAAAGUUAACUUUAAAUUUUUAGUUCACCAGAGCACAAGGUGUUUAUGGUGAGCUUUUAAAGUUUGUCAAAAACUUGGCCUCCAGAGCUUGUAGUCAUUUUCUGCUAUAUGAAUUUAGUGUUUCGUAUGUGUAUUUAGAGGAAACUUAAAAAAUCUUCCUGUCAGAAAACACUGCCCUAAUUGAAGAAUAAUGUCCAUGUGCGAUCCCCUAUCAAAACUGUUGAGACUCAGGUGAGGGAUCUAGGGCCAACAUGACCUUCUUGUUUUCUUGCAUGAAUUUCCAGUUUCUUCACCUCACUGAUGUUAGUAAAUUCAGCUGCCAAGUUUUCUUACAUAGUGUUAAAUACGAGACAUACAUUCAACAGUUCAAAGACAUCAUUUGAUCAUUUAUAGGCAUAUACACGCCUACACAUUUUUCUCAGAGAUGCAAAUCAAAUAUACCCAGAAUGCACCACGUAGCACAUGGAAACCAAAACUUUCAUUGUGAAGCAUGACUUGUGACUCCUUGAUCUAUGUUCCUAUACAUCAGUCUUAACCAAGUUAUGUCCAAGAUAGUUACUUUUUAGUGUUUAACAUUUUCUGAAAUGGGAAAUGAAAAAGUUUAGAAUAAGGAGAAACCAUGUUAUGCGGAAUCUAUGUGUUGCCCAUUCUCUGAUUAUUUAACCAGAUACGCACUCCUUUACCUGCUGCUUGUACCUAAUUUUUGCUUUGUAUUUUAUAGAGAUAUUUCCAUUGAACAAAUAUUUAUACACUAACUGCAUUUGAUCAAAACAUGGGUUGUGCAUUUUCUAUUUAUUUUUCUGCAAUGAAAUGUUUUAUUUUAUGUCUGCAUUUUUGGAUUUUUUCCAUUUUUAGCUCACCUGUCACAAAGUGACAAGGUGAGCUUUUGUGAUCGCGCGGUGUCCGUCGUCCGUCCGUCCGUAAACUUUUGCUUGUGACCACUCUAGAGGUCACAUUUUUCAUGGGAUCUUUAUGAAAUUUGGUCAGAAUGUUCACCUUGAUGAUAUCUUGGUCAAAUUCGAAACUGGGUCACGUGCCAUCAAAAACUAGGUCAGUAGGUCUAAAAAUAGAAAAACCUUGUGACCUCUCUAGAGGCCAUUAUUUUCAAUGGAUCUUCAUGAAAAUUGGUCAGAGUGUUCACCUUGAUGAUAUCUAGGUUAAGUUCGAAACUGGGUCACGUGCCUUCAAAAACUAGGUCAGUAGAUCUAAAAAUAGAAAAACCUUGUGACCUCUCUAGAGGCCAUAUAUUUCACAAGAUCUUCAUGAAAAUUGGUCAGAACGUUCACCUUGAUGAUAUCUAGGUCAAGUUCGAAACUGGGUCACGUGCCUUCAAAAACUAGGUCAGUAGGUCAAAUAAUAGAAAAACAUUGUGACCUCUCUAAAGGCCAUAUUUUUCAUGGGAUCUGUAUGAAAGUUGGUCUGAAUGUUCAUCUUGAUGAUAUCUGGGUCAAGUUCGAAACUGGGUCACGUGCGGUCAAAAACUAGGUCAGUAGGUCUAAAAAUAGAAAAACCUUGUGACCUCUCUAGAGGCCAUAUAUUUCACAAGAUCUUUAUGAAAAUUGGUCAGAACGUUCACCUUGAUGAUAUCUAGGUCAAGUUCGAAACUGGGUCACUGCCUUCAAAAACUAGGUCAGUAGGUCAAAUAAUAGAAAAACCUUGUGACCUCUCUAAAGGCCAUAUUUUUCAUGGGAUCUGUAUGAAAGUUGGUCUGAAUGUUCACCUUGAUGAUAUCUAGGUCAAGUUUGAAACUGGGUCACGUGCCUUAAAAAACUAGGUCAAUAGGUCAAAUAAUAGAAAAACCUUGUGACCUCUCUAGAGACCAUAUUUUUCAAUGGAUCUUCAUGAAAAUUGGUCAGAAUUUUUAUCUUGAUAAUAUCUAGGUCAAGUUCAAAACUGGGUCACAUGAGCUCAAAAACUAGGUCACUAUGUCAUAUAAUAGAAAAAACGACGUCAUACUCAAAACUGGAUCAUGUGAGAAGAGGUGAGCGAUUCAGGACCAUCAUGGUCCUCUUGUUUAUAUUAUACAUGUAUACACUUUUUGCUCUAAACUACCACUUACUAUUUUUCAUUAAUGUAUACAAGAGCAAUUGUGCUAUCAUAUCAAGUUCAAGUGAAGAGUUAAUUGCACACCUUUUUAGGGACUAUCGUUCACAAAAAUAAAACUUUUAUAGAAAGCUUGGAGACUGUGUGAUUCAGACCAGUGCUUGUAUCAAAAUGUCAACUGUUCUCUGUUAGCUGCAUAAAAUUUCAAUAUUGUCUUUUCAUUAACAAGCAGGUUUGUAUGUGCCUGUUGUCAGUAUUUCUGUUCUGAGAUGUCAUAUUAUUCCUGGAAAUAAAACUUUAUUUUAUGCAAUAUUUGGAUCAUUUAAGGUGCUAAAUUAAUGCUGGUUUUACAGGUUGUUAAGGAUUAUGUUUUGAUUUGUUCUCAAGUUUAAUAGAACAUUUUUGAGGAAACCCUUGCAGUUGAAACUAGGUUUCUGGAUGACCAAGGAUUAAGCGUUUUACUUCAAGAUAACCGAAAUUCGACUUAAAAUGAUAUUUUUGUGUAUUUGGUUUACGGAUAGGACUUGAAAUAGGCUUCAAAAUAACAGGAAUUUUGAGAUAAGUGAGUUUGACAUAUUGAAUUUCACCUGUAUUUAGUAACAUUCAAGAUGAAGGCCAAAUUACUGACAAGAGCAAAACUGGAAAGUAUUGUUUUUGCUGCAUUUAACUUGUUUGAAUGAAAAAGAUACUAGAUUGAACUUAUGGCAAAGUUUUUUUUUCAGUUUUAGAAAUUUACAUGCACAACUAGAAGCCACAUUAGGUAUUGCUUGCAAUAACUUCUAUACAGUAGCUUCACUGUCUGGCUUGAAAUGUAAUUUAGAUAGGUGAACUUUCUCUCUCUAAGAUACACUGUGAUGUAUUUGUGUGGUGCCAAAGUCUAUAAUUAGUAACCAUACAGAAAAUGAGCCGCACCAUGAGAAAACCAACCUAGUGCAUUUGCAACCAGGAUCCAUGCUGUUCGCUUUCAAAGCCUAUUGCAAUUAAAGGACUUAUUAGCGAACAGCAUGGAUCCUGACCAGACUGCACGGAUGCCCAGGCUGGUUUGGAUCAAUGCUGGUCACAAAUGCACUGUGUUGGUUUUCUCAUGGCACGGCUCAAAUAUACACAGGAAGUAUGAUUUUUUAUUUGUAUAAACUCAUUUUGGUUUUGCAAUUCAUCAGGAUGACCAUCCUUGUACAUAUCCGUGUGAUGUACAUAUUUUGUACAUGUAGCUGUAUUAUAGAACAGUAAUAUGUACAGGCCUACUCGACUGUUGUGUAUAUAUGAAGAGUUUAUUUAGCAAUUUAUGAAUUAGUUUAUUGCUUACAAUAUAGGUUAUUUAUUGUAUGAAUGAGAUAUUUUAUGAAAUCCAGUAAUUAUGACGCUUUGCAGCAUUCCACAUUCUUUUAUGAUAAAUUCUCCGUUUGACAUGCCAACGAAAUAAGGAAGAAAAAAAAAAUAUAUAUAUAAAUAGGAUUCUUAAUUUUCAGUUAUUGUAUAAUCUAGAGCUAUGAAAUUAAAUCAUAUAAAACACCAAUUGUAACAUCCCUGCAUAUUGAGAUUAAUUUUAAUAUUUACACAAGAGGAAUUUGAAAUCGCCUGAAUUAUUAUUAUUAUUAUACCAGAUUUAUAUAGCGCCCUUUUCAUGAUCAAUUUCACGUUCAAAGGCGCUUUACAUAGUUCAAAUGCAGCCACACAGGGUGCAUAAUUCAUCCUCUACUAGUACAGACACAGAGCAAUCUGACCAGAGGGACAGAGUGAGACAAAGCCCCCACAACAGAGAGAUCAGAAAUCAGAUACAGGCUUGUCCGGCUAACUUAGCCUAGCUCGUUGCAAAUAGACAGCCUGGUUUUUUAACAUGCCCAGUGUAUAGCACUGAUACAUGCAAGGAUUGCCUGGGUUCCUGACCAGUACACCUCUAGUUGGGUGGGAAACACUGAAAAGUGUUUCUGAAAGUUCCCGAGUAGCUGCCGGGAACCCCUGACCUCAGGAUUGGAAGGCCAGUGUGCAAACCACUGAGCGUUUUGUCCACCAUAUGACACUGAUCAAACACUUAUAAUAACUGAUGUGCUUACAGGUAUCAUCAGUUAAAUAGCAUGCUACUUCCUGGUUGUGAACAGUCAAGUGACAAAGAAAUUUUUACUAAUAUCUAUCAGUUGUAUGUGCUACCUACCAUCAAAUAUCCUUAUCAAAUACCAAUUCUGUUUUGCAAUACUUUUUACAUUCUCUUUCAUGAUAGUAAUUAUUGUCUUUAAGACUAUUCCAAUCAAGAUUCAUAAUGUAAUAUGCAAUGUUUCAUUCUGUUACUGAUAAGUAGUUAUUGUACUUUCAACUUAAUCAAGUUUUGCUUCUCUCUAUAAGGCAAUACCUCAUUAUAUACUUAAUGAUCAUUUGCCCUAAUUAGUAAUCACUACAUUAUGUACAACGUGUUCAAAUACUGGCCUUAGUAGACAGAUUGUGUUCUAAAUAAAUCUUUUCAUGUAUGUAUUUAAAAAAAAAACUUUUGGUUUAUUCAGUUUGUCAGUAAACUGAUUGUCCUUGAAGAGGAACUGUGUUACCAAUGUAUGUACUUUACACUUUAGUAUGAAUAUUUUGGUGGUGAUUCCUCCAUUUUCGACUUGUGCAAGCUGUUUUUAUUGUAAUUUACCAAUCAUGUUAAAACUCUAAUUUGGCAUAAACUAUUCUCGGAAUCAUACAAAAUGCUAAUGUUUUAGUCAAAGUUCCUACCUGACGUUUUGUCGAGAAAAUAUAUUGUUUAAUGCAAAUGCACUAAUUUGAUUUAGGAACAAUGAAGUUAAUAUUUCCUAUUGAUAACUAAUAAUCUAUUAUAGUAAUCUGCUUUCCACACAAGCCAAUAGCCACACUGAUCAAUUUUUCUUCCUUUCCACUUGCAUGUCAAAGUUAUUAUCUUGCUAUUUUCUUUACAUACAUGUACUGCAGUUAUUUAUGUAAAGAGAAAUUGUGUUCUUUGUAUGAAUGGUCUUCGUUGAAAAAAAGACAUAAUAAAAUAAAACUGGAUACUAACAAAACACA